AUGUCCUCUUCUUCCUCCGAUGCUGCUUCUGCUGCUGCUGUGGUUGGCUCUUCCUCCUCUUUGUCCUCAACAACGUCCUCAACGACGUCCAUUUCUCUCAUUCAUCAUCCCAUUGAAUAUGCUUUAGGAAAAAUUGAUCAACUCAAUGAUGGACUGAAAACGAUCAAGCCUUUGACUUUGAUGUUUUAUACGGCAACGGCAAUGGCUUCUGCAUAUUAUGGAAAGAAACUUUGGGAGGCUUCAAAAGAACAUCCGAAUGGAUUGUCGGGUCUGAUUCUUGGAAUGUUGUUAAAGACAAUGAGAAAACUUCCGAUGGUUGAUUCCAGUAUUCAAUCCACGUUGGUGAAGAUUUCAAAAGAAAUUAAAUUAUCUUUUAAAAAAGGAAUUGAAAAUGAAGAAAUUAAUUAUCAAUUGCCUGUAGAGGGAAUUCCCUAUGAGGAAUUAUUAUCACUUUUACAAAGAAUGAGAGAUGUUGAUCGAAGAAAAGUUCAAGAAAAGAAGCUUUCUGGUGUCGUUUAUAUUGAUGCCAAGGUUGACAAUGAAGAAAAGCUCAAUAAGGCUGAGGAUAAGAAUGAAGACCGUUCUUCAGAUCCUUUAGCUUUUAGAAAGCAUCAUGAAGAGUUAUUAGCUAAAACUUAUAGUUAUUUUAUGCACACAAAUCCAUUACAUGCAGAUUGCUUUUUAUACACUCGUAAAAUGGAAUCUGAAGUUAUUAGAAUGACAGCCUCUCUUAUGAAUGGUCCAUUCAAUAAGGAGACAGGCGAAGGCGUGGUUGGUGCUGUCACAAGUGGUGGAACGGAGAGUAUUAUUAUGGCUUUGAAGGCAUACAGAGAUCAAGCAAGAGCAGAGAAGCCAUGGAUUAAGCAUCCAGAGGUGAUUGCUCCAAGAAGUGUUCACUGUGCAUUCGAAAAAGGAUGUCACUAUUUAGGAUUGAAGCUUCGAUUGAUCGAUGUCGAUUCGACUACAUUUAAAGUUAAAAUGGAUCUAGUAAGACAAGCAAUCAAUUCAAAUACCAUUUUACUUGUUGGUUCUGCCCCAUGUUUUAGUCAAGGUACUAUCGAUCCAAUCGACGAAUUGAAUGAUCUUGCAGUGAAACAUGGAAUUGGACUUCAUGUCGAUUGUUGUUUGGGUGGAUUUGUUGUUCCCUUUGCCAAGAAAUUGGGCUACGACAUUGGAGUCAAAGAAUUUGAUUUUACUUUGCCUGGUGUGACCACCAUGAGUGUUGACACUCACAAAUUUGGAAUGGCUCCAAAAGGAAGCAGUGUAUUGUUGUUCAGAAGCAAAGACUUGAGAAAGUACAUGUACUUUGUGACAACCGAUUGGAUGGGUGGUGUCUAUGCCUCACCAACAAUGUCAGGCAGUAGAAGCGGUGCUGUUGUUGCAGCUGCAUGGGCCUCCAUGAUGCAUAUUGGUGAAAAGGGAUAUUUAGAAGCAAGCAGAAGAAUUGUAAAUACUGUCUUGCGAAUCAAGAAGAGAAUUAAUGAAGAAAUUCCAGAAGUUGAAGUAUGUGGAGAUCCAAGUACUGUGGUAAUUGCAGUUCAAGCUAAGGCUUCCUACAGCAACAUUAACAUCUUCCAAGUAAUGGACUUUUUGUCACACCGAGGCUGGUCUCUGAAUGCUUUGCAAUUCCCAAGCGCUUUCCAUAUUUGUAUCACCUUAAAUACUGCAACAGAGGAAAAAGCUGAUGAAUUCAUUAAGGACCUCAAAGAUGCUAUUGCUCAAGUGAAGAACAAUCCUGAUAGCGUUAAAGGAUCCGCACCAGUAUAUGGUCUUGCAGUGGCAAUUCCUGACCGCUCUCUUAUUGCAAGUAUGGUGACAAACGUUGUGGAUGCCAUGUUGGAUGUUUAA